AUGAAAAAGGAGAAGGAAGCGGAAGGGGCCCGAGGGCGGCGGGCUGCUGGGGAGGCUUCUCUGAACCCCUUCCUGCAGCAGAGGCGACACUUCGUCUGGGCCCCACUGGGGCCCGGGGCUGAUGGUGGCUUGCGGGCCUGCACAGCAGGGGGACGACAGGACACCUCAGGCCACACGCCCCAGGGUCCCUGGGGGCAGAGGCUCAGCCGCGGGGUUCAGAUGCCGCGGCCCCCCGGGAAGCCAGAGCCGGGGGACCCCGGGGCCGAGGAGCCGGGGGAACAGGAGAUGGAGCGGCUCUGCGCUUCCCGGGCGCCCGUGCGCGCGCUGCCCUACGCCAUGGUGGACAAGCGCGUGAUCCGGCAGCUGCGGGAGCCCGAGGGGGUGCAGCCCUCGUGCUGGGACCGAUGGCAGCGCCGGCGACAGACCGCGGGACGGCGCCUCGGGGAGGCAGCGCGGCGGCUGGCCCGCGGCUUCGGCCUCUGGGAGGGGGCUCUCAGCGAGAUCGCGGGCCUCUUUGGGACCGGAAUCCAGUCCUACUUUACUUUCCUACGCUUCCUGCUGCUGCUCAACUUACUGACCUUCCUUCUGACCGCUGGGCUCGUGCUCCUGCCCCUGGUCUGGCUCCGCUCCCCCCACCCAGCGCCUGCCCUGAACCUGACCCUCCAAUGCCACGGUAGCUACCAACCCCAGACUGGCCUUCAGAAGUUCCACAAUCAGCUAUGGAAUGUCUUAACCGGCAGGGCCUUCAACCACACCUAUCUCUUCUAUGGUGCAUACCGGGCCGGGCCUGAGAGCAGCUCGGUGUACAGCAUCCGCCUGGCCUACCUGCUCAGCCCACUGGCCUGCCUUCUCCUCUGCUUCUGUGGGACGCUGCGGCGGAUGGUGAAGGGGCUGCCACAGAAGCCAUUCCUGGGCCGGCACCACAGGAUGCCACUUGGUGCCAAGGUCUUCUCCUCCUGGGACUUCUGCAUCCGUGUGCGGGAGGCCGCAGCCCUCAAGAAGCGAGAGAUCGCCAACGAGUUCAAGAUGGAGCUGGAGGAGCGGCGCCGCUUCCAGCAGGCGCGGCAGCAGACCCCGGCCCAGAGGGCCUGCCACCUGCUCGCCUACCUUCGCGUCAACCUUCUCAUCGGGCUCCUGGUGGUCGGGGCCAUCAGCGCCAUCUUCUGGGCCACCAAGUACUCACAGGACAACAAGGAGUGGUGGGGCCCUGCAUUCACUAGGUGUGCAGGACAGCUGUCUGUCACGUACUACGUCGUGUGUGUGGUGCUGAAGCUGACCAGCCUGGGCAUGUUCUCAUUCUCACUGGGCCAGACCGUGCUGUGCUUUGGCCGGAACACGACCAGCUGUGAGACCUACGGCUACAACGCCUGUGACUACCAGUGCUGGGAGAACUCUGUGGGAGAGGAACUGUACAAGCUCAGCAUCUUCAACUUCCUCCUCACGGUGGCCUUCACCUUCCUGGUCACCUUGCCUCGCAGGCUGCUGGUGGAGCGAUUCUCAGGCCGGUUCUGGGCCUGGCUGGACCGAGAGGAGUUCCUGGUGCCCAAGAACGUUCUGGACAUCGUGGCAGGGCAGACGGUCACCUGGAUGGGGCUCUUCUACUGCCCCCUGCUGCCUCUGCUCAACAGCGUCUUCAUCUUCCUCACCUUCUACAUCAAGAAGUACACCCUCCUGCGGAACUCCAGGGCAUCCCCGCGGCUCUUCCGUGCCUCCAGCUCCACCUUCUUCUUCCAGCUGGUCCUGAUCCUGGGCCUGCUCCUGGCCGCGGUGCCCCUGGGCUACGUGGUCAGCAGCAUCCACUCCUCCUGGGACUGCGGCCUCUUCUCCAACUACUCGGCCCCCUGGCAGGUGGUCCCAGAGCUGGUGGCCCUCCGCCUGCCGCUGCCCAGCCAGCGUGUCCUCCACUACCUCGGCUCCCACGCCUUCGGCUUCCCCCUGCUCAUCCUGCUCAGCCUUGUCUUGACCGUGUGCGUCUCCCAGUCCCAAGCCAACACCAGGACCAUCCAGGAGCUCCGGAAGCAACUGGUGUGGCAAGUCAAGGAGAAGUGGCACCUGGUGGAGGACCUGUCGCGGCUGCUGCCGGAGACAGAACCGAGCGACUCCUCGGGACCCAAGUCCCCUCAUUCCCGAGCUUCGCGCCCGCGGUCUUUCUGCCCCGGAUUCCCGUGCCCAGGUUCCCCGAGCCCUGGAUCCCCCCGGUCGGGACCCUCCCGGGCUCUAAGCACUGUGGCAGACAGCCUUGGCCAACAGCCUGUCUUAGUCCAGAAGCUCCGCUGGAACCUGUCCACCAUGGAGGAUCCUACUGCCACCAGCGGCUUCCCCAAGGAGCAGGAGGAGGGUGAGUAG